AUGGCGUGGCAAGGUGGAAGCAGGCUUAAUUUGCUGGGUUUUAAGAAGAUGGAUGUACAUAAUUCUACUCUUUCUACUAUGGGUAAUCUGUGGAUUCUCUGGUCAGAAGAUGUGGAUGAUCCUUUGGUGGUGAAUACUAGUAGGCAGGCUAUUACGGUUUCUUUGAAUGGGAACUUUCACUGUGUUUUGAGAACUGAUGAGGAGAAGGGUGGUAGGGAACCAAGAACUUCUUGUAUUAAUGAAUUUUCUGAUUGGAUGGAUGAUAAUGAGCUCUUUAAAGCUGAUGCUUUGGGUGCUAAUUUCACUUGGGCUAAUGGUCAAUCAGGAGUUCGUCGGAUCAUAAGUAAAUCAUACCGUGUUAUUAUUAAUGAGGCAUGGUUGAAUAAAUUUUCGAAUUGGCGCUGUAAAGCUCUUCCUACAGAAGUUUCUGACCAUUCGACACUGGCACAGUUGCGUCUUGAAAACGCUCUCAGAAUUUCGGAUGAAGAUCAUUCUGAUGAGUCCAAAUUUAAUACUUCCAAGGAUGCUCUUGCUAAGGUCCAAGGUCGUAACCAACAAAAUAUUAUGCUAAAGCAGAAGUCUAGAAAUAAAUGGUUGUUGGAGGGGUCGAGUAAUACUUCUUAUUUUCACAACAACAUAAAUAUUCGAAAGGGAAGAACCACAAUUUCAGAACUGGUUUCUGAUGAUGGUAGUGUUAUUUCUGAUAGUGCUUUACUCUGUGAUCAUAUUGUGAACUAUUAUGAGGCUAAAUUCAAUGGAGAUUACACAAUUAUUGAUGAUCUUUUAUUUGAUUAUGAGAGACCUUCAAUUACGGCUGAAUAA